GGCGGUUAUCUGAAGUUCGGGGGAAGUGCCGCAGCUCCGCCCGAGAAAAGUAUCCGUUUCAGGCCGUUGUCGACGGGAACGGAAAACCAUUUCUACCAAAUUCAAAUGCUAUCAAUCAGCGUGGGCGGGAAAAACCUCCCCAUCAACCCGGGGGUUUUCGAGAGAGCGGGAAUGAUCAUCGACUCCGGCACCGUCAUAACCCGUCUCCCGCCGGCAGCUUACGUGGCGCUCAAAUCCGCCUUCGUGAAGGAGAUGAAAUCUUACCGAAAUGUCCCAGGCGUCUCCGUACUGGACACCUGCUUCGACUUCAGCAACACAAGCGAGGGUAAGCUUAAGCUCCCGAGCAUAGGCUUUGGGUUCAGCGGGAACGUGAGUGUGGAUUUACCGGCCAGCGGGAUCUUGUACGUGGUCGAAAGCAACUUGUCAAAGGUGUGCCUGGCCUUCGCCGGUAACGAGGACCCCACCGAAAUGGGCGUUUUCGGAAACACGCAGCAGCAGACUGUUGAUGUGGUGUACGACGUCGAAGGCGGGAGGCUGGGCUUCAGUCCUGGUGGCUGUUCUUGAUCAUGAUGAUGAUGAUGAUGAUUGGUUCUAUAUAUAUGAUUCACUAUAUAUGAAUUGAUCAAAACAAGAGGAAGUUGUUGCAUGUUUUUUGUUGUUCUUUUUUAUUUUGGUGUGCUGUCCUAUUAAAAUAAAACAUGUUUU